AAAACGAAUUAAUUCACAUACAUAUAUAAAUAUAUAUAUAUAUAUACGUAUAAGUGCAUAGUUUAUAGAUAUGUAAUUUAUGUUUACGCUCCUUACUGCCUCCUAAAUGUGAAUUUGUCGUUUGAAUGCACAAAGAAAAACUUUAAACCAUUAAAAGAUAAAAAUUACAAAUUUUCCCUCAUCUUGGUUUAAAAACAAAAAAAAAAAAGAAGGAAUUAUUCUUGAUCAAAGUGUACAUAGGAUUUUGCGAAAAUUUCUAUUUUAAUCAUUGAAAACUGAAAGCAAUAAACUGAAGUAAAUGUAAAAGGAAUGAAAAGAUUCAAAAUCAAAAGAUAAUUCAAAGACUCUCUAUCAUUCUUCCUGCCGAAUAUAUGUUAUGAUAAAAAAGAAACCGCGACUAUUUAUCAGUGAAGUCUUUUGAAAUAGUAGAAAUUUCAUCAAUUUUCAUUACAAUGUUAUUGACAAACCAUACAACAAACACUGAGCCUAUAAUUUUUGCCUAUUUGGCAAUGAUACAUCAGAUUUGCACUUGAAAUCAUUUUAUUUUGCUCAACAAAUGACAGGCCAUUGAUGAGGCAUGAGUACAUGAUUUGCGGUUAAUUACGGUUCUGACGCACAACAACAUUUAACCACAACUACAAGUUGUAUUACAUACAAACGAUACAACGUUUCUCUCCCAAAUCACCAAACGACAUUUACAAACCAUCGAAUUUCAUACGCACAAUAUGCAGCUACAACGACAUCAGGUUUGCUUCUCAACAAAGGAAUCAAGUAAUCGUUUGAAACCAGGCGCCGAAGAUAAGCUCUACAGAAAGCACAGCCGGCGACUGCUGCAAUCAAUGUUAGUGCCUAUAUUUCUGUUAAGCUACGUUCUGACAGUACAAAUAUCUCAUGCGUAUCUGAUAGUAGUGUAUGAGGAUACUCCACCAGGCACAAUUAUUUUUAAUGCGUCCGUGUAUAAAUUGGGUUCGGAGCGUCAUUACAAGAUCAAUGCACAUAAAUCGGCAUAUUUUGUUCAUCAUCUAGUCGCUGUCAAUCAUAAAGAUGGCCAAAUACAAUUGAAAAAGUCACUUAAAUGUGAUGGCAUUUAUUAUCCGAAUUUAUUCACUUUCUACGUAGACUCAACAUCAAAUCGUUUGCGUAGCAUAGACUAUUAUAGUUUGCCUAUUCGAAUAUUUGUAUCGGGACAUAAGUGUAAUGAAGAUCGCCGCGUUGAAGAGGAGAUUCACGCCAGACACUAUGAAGAAGAAGAUACUGGCUAUUCGAGGAGGCGGCGUAGAAGACGUUAUUUGGAGGCGUUAUCUAUAAGUAAUAUCGUUUCUAAUUCUAUAGAGGUUUCGAGUCAUAAUCAUUCUAAGGACUUUCAAGACGCAAAUUUAAUGUUUGGUGACUCGUUCGACAACCAAAUGCUUCGGCGUAUAUUAAGUCGUCGGCGCAGAGCUGAAGAUGAUGGAACAGAGGUUGAGCCACGUUUACAUCGUCGCAUUUCGGAAGCAAAACAAUGGAUAUCAGAAACUUAUGCUUCGUACGCCAUACACACUACCGACAAGUGGCAUCAGAUUUGUUUACGACGUUCUCAAUUCAUCAAUAAUUUGAAUGCAUUUUUACCUCGGACUAUAUGCCAGUAUUGCAAGGUUAAUUUCCUUGACGUUAAUGAUGAAAGAUUUGCUAUUGAACACCAAAAUCGCGAUUUAGUAGCUAGUCGUGACGUUUGCAUACACGAAUCUAUUUGGAAAAUAAGUAUUACUUUUAAUAUACGCUGCGAACGAAGCGAUAUUGUAGAUUCCGAUCAUAGAUUGAAAAUUGUUUAUCAUCAUCAGGAAUUCAAUGAUACCGAUAUAGCAAAAAGAGUGCGACGAGAGCUACGUAAUCAGUCUCCCUAUUUUGAGCAAGCAUUAUAUGUAGCUUCAGUUUUGGAAGAACAGCCUUCAGGAGCUUCAGUUACAACUGUGCGAGCUCGUGAUCCUGAAGAUUCUCCAGUCGUUUAUUCGAUGGUGUCUUUACUCGAUUCACGUUCGCAAUCUUUCUUCAAAGUUGACUCACGGACUGGCGUAGUAACCACAUCAGCUAGUCUAGAUCGCGAACUUAUGGAUGUUCAUUAUUUCCGAGUAGUGGCGACCGAUGACAGUUUCCCUCCUCGUUCGGGAACAACGACACUGCAGGUCAAUGUCUUGGAUUGCAAUGAUCACAAUCCUACUUUCGAAGCAGAGCAAUUUGAAGCCUCUAUACGCGAAGGCGCCACCGUAGGCUCUACAGUUAUUACCUUAAGAGCUACGGAUCAAGAUAUAGGCAAGAAUGCUGAAAUCGAAUACAGUAUUGAAAGCAUAACAGAUGGUAUGGGCACUUUGCAAGAUCAGGAAGUACCAAUUUUUCGCAUUGAUGCCCGUUCUGGUGUGAUUGCCACACGCAGCUCCUUGGAUCGUGAGACUUCUGAUAGUUAUAGUCUAGUAGUAACAGCAUCCGAUCUGGCAUCUGCCCAGAGCGAGCGUAAAACGGCUACCGCCUCUGUUUUAGUAAAAAUCCUGGAUGACAAUGAUAAUUAUCCGCAAUUCAGCGAACGCACUUACACAGUACAGGUACCUGAAGAUCAAUGGGGUGACGAUAACGUGGUGGCUCAUAUACGAGCUACCGAUGCUGAUCAGGGCAAUAAUGCUGCUAUUCGUUAUGCCAUAAUUGGCGGUAAUACUCAGUCGCAGUUUUCCAUAGAUUCAAUGAGUGGAGAUGUAAGCUUAGUGAAACCAUUAGAUUAUGAGAGCGUGCGCAGUUAUCGCCUGGUCAUACGUGCUCAAGAUGGCGGCAGCCCUUCGCGUAGUAACACCACCCAACUAUUAGUUAAUGUGAUCGAUACCAAUGAUAAUUCUCCCAGAUUUUACACUUCGCAAUUUCAAGAAUCUGUAUUGGAGAAUGUUCCGGUUGGAUAUAAUAUAAUACGCGUUCAAGCGUACGAUUCGGAUGAAGGAGCAAACGCUGAGAUCAAUUACAGCAUAUUGGAACGAGAUGAUAACUUUCCUUUAGCUAUUGAUCCUCGCACUGGUUGGAUCCAAACUAUAAAGCAAUUAGAUCGAGAGGAGCAGGGACGUUUCGCUUUUCAAGUCAUAGCUAAAGAUGGUGGCGUACCACCUAAAUCUGCCAGUUCCACUGUUGUAAUUACGGUACAGGAUGUCAACGACAAUGAUCCAGUAUUUAAUCCCAAAUAUUAUGAAGCUAAUGUUGGAGAAGACCAACCGCCAGGUACACCUGUAACCACUGUUACAGCUACAGAUCCUGAUGAAGAUUCUCGACUUCAUUAUGAAAUUACUUCUGGCAACACAAGAGGACGGUUUGCUAUCACUUCGCAGAAUGGUCGGGGUCUUAUAACCAUAGCUCAAUCUCUAGAUUAUAAACAAGAAAAGCGAUUCCUCCUAACAAUUACUGCUACCGAUUCCGGCGGAAGAUCUGAUACGGCCACAGUCAAUAUCAAUAUAACAGAUGCUAAUAACUUUGCUCCUAUUUUUGAAAAUGCUCCUUAUACUGCGUCGGUAUUUGAGGACGCUCCUAUUGGAACAACAGUUUUAGUAGUUUCCGCUUCUGACAGCGAUGUAGGUAUAAAUGCACAAAUAACUUACUCUCUGAACGAAGAGAGUAUUAACGGUUUAAGCAGUCCAGAUCCUUUCUCCAUAAACCAUCAAACAGGAGCUAUAGUCACUAACGCCCUUUUAGAUCGCGAAACUACUAGUGGAUAUCUAUUAACAGUUACCGCCAAAGAUGGUGGUAAUCCUUCAUUAAGUGACACUACCGACGUGGAGAUUAGUGUCACGGAUGUUAACGAUAAUCCCCCACAAUUCAAAAAUCCUCUUUACCAAGCCUCAAUAUUGGAAGACGCUCUAGUAGGUACUUCAGUGAUACAAGUCUCUGCUGCAGAUCCUGAUAUUGGUCUAAAUGGUCGUAUAAAGUAUUUACUUAGUGAUCGGGAUGUUGAUGACGGUUCAUUUGUCAUUGAUCCCACCUCCGGAACUGUAAGAACCAACAAAGGUUUGGACAGAGAAAGUGUACCAGUCUAUCAUCUAACUGCAAUCGCUGUAGAUAAAGGCUCUCCUCCUCUCUCGAGCACCGUCGAAGUACAAAUUCGCUUAGAAGACGUAAAUGAUUCGCCGCCUACUUUUCCGUCCGACAAAAUUACGUUAUAUGUGCCAGAAAACUCUCCUGUGGGCUCGGCUGUUGGGGAAAUUCACGCACACGAUCCAGACGAGGGUGUAAAUGCGGUAGUUCAUUAUUCUAUUAUUGGUGGUGAUGAUUCGAAUUCAUUUUCAUUGGUUACGCGACCAGGUUCAGAAAGAGCACAAUUACUCACUAUGACUGAAUUGGAUUAUGAAUCUAGUCGCAAACGAUUCGAAUUGGUGAUAAGAGCUGCAAGUCCACCGCUGCGCAACGAUGCUCACGUUGAAAUUUUGGUUACAGAUGUUAACGAUAAUGCUCCAGUUUUGAGAGAUUUUCAGGUAAUAUUUAACAACUUUCGGGAUCAUUUCCCUAGUGGAGAUAUAGGACGCAUACCUGCAUUCGACGCUGAUGUUAGUGAUAAGCUCACGUAUCGCAUUUUGUCUGGUAAUAAUGCUAAUCUUAUCCGUUUAAAUCAAACUACGGGAGGUCUAAGUCUUAGCCCUCAGCUGAAUACAAACGUGCCGAAAUUCGCCACAAUGGAAGUGUCAGUAACGGAUGGCAUCAAUGAAGCUAAAGCUAUAAUGCAGUUAGCAGUUCGCUUAAUUACUGAAGAUAUGCUUUUCAAUUCCGUAACAGUGCGGCUUAACGAAAUGACUGAAGAAGCUUUCCUUUCACCGUUACUUAACUUCUUCUUGGACGGAUUGGCUGCUAUUAUACCCUGCCCUAAAGAAAACAUAUUCAUCUUUUCCAUACAAGAUGAUACAGAUGUUACAUCCCGCAUACUAAACGUGAGCUUUUCAGCCAAGAGACCAGACGUUUCCCACGAAGAAUUUUACACCCCCCAGUAUCUGCAAGAACGUGUGUAUCUUAAUCGUGCCAUACUAGCCAGAUUGGCUACCGUUGAAGUUUUACCUUUCGAUGAUAAUUUAUGCGUAAGAGAGCCAUGUUUAAAUUUUGAAGAGUGUCUCACGGUGCUUAAAUUUGGUAAUGCAUCCGAAUUCAUACACAGCGACACUGUGCUGUUUCGUCCCAUCUAUCCAGUUAAUACAUUUGCCUGCUCUUGUCCAGAGGGUUUCACUGGCAGUAAAGAACAUUAUUUAUGCGAUACAGAAGUUGAUCUUUGUUACUCAGAUCCUUGUCUUAACGGCGGUACUUGUGUGCGUCGCGAGGGUGGUUACACUUGCGUUUGUCAGGCUUCCCAUACUGGAGCUAACUGUGAGACUGAUAUUAGAAAAUUGAAACCAUGCAUGUCGGAUAUAUGUGAGGGUGGCUAUUCGUGCAUGAAUAACUUCAUGAGUUCUCAACCACCGCCUUAUACAGCAACGUGUGAAUUGCGUUCACGCUCAUUUUCAAAGAAUUCAUUUCUUACUUUCGAGAGUCUAAAGCAAAGACAUCGAUUUAAUUUAAAACUGAGGUUUGCCACCGUUCAUGAGAACGGUUUACUUUUAUACAAUGGCCGUUACAAUGAAUUACAUGACUUUAUUGCCUUGGAAAUUGUGCAUGGUCAUAUUAGCUUCUCCUAUUCCUUGGGUGAUCGUAUCGAAUCGUUGUCUGUGAUGCAAAAGGCCAAAGUAUCAAAUGGUCAUUGGCAUGAUAUAGAAGUUGUUUAUUUAAACCGCACCGUAACCUUAGUAUUAGACAAAUGUGAUACAUCCAUAGCUCUGGCGGGCAAUUUGGGAGAUCGCUGGAGUUGCGCUAAUCAAACUACUUUAAAACUUGAUAAGAGAUGUGCUUUGCUAACGGAGACUUGCCACCGCUUUUUAGAUUUAACUGGACCUUUGCAAAUUGGUGGCUUACCUAGAAUACCCGCUCAUUUCCCAAUCGAAAACCAAGACUUUAUCGGAUGCAUUUCCGACUUACGUAUAGACGAGCGUUAUAUAGAUCUCAAUUCCUAUGUUGCUGAUAAUGGAACUAUAUCCGGAUGCCCUCAGAAAAAUUCCUUAUGCUCGUCGGAUCCUUGCUUCAAUGGUGGUGUUUGCCGCGAAGGUUGGAAUGUUUAUACUUGCGAGUGUCCUGAGGGCUACGCCGGUAAUAAUUGCCAAGAUAUCAUACCAGCUCCAUGGCGCUUUUCGGGAGAUGGUAGCCUAAGCUUCAAUCCAUUGCUCAGACCCAUUCAAUUGCCUUGGGUUACUUCCUUUUCGAUACGUACUUUGCAGAAAGAUGCCUUUUUAAUACAAAUACAGAUCGGACAAAAUAGUUCUGCUGUAGUUUGCCUAAAAAACGGUAUUCUUUAUUAUAUUUACGACAACGAGCCAAUGUUUUUGGCAGCUGCUUAUUUAGCUGAUGGCGAAUGGCAUCGAAUAGAAAUUAAAUGGUUAGGAGCCGAAAUACAAUUUUCGGUAGAUUUUGGCCAGCGAACUGGCUCAGUUCCUAUAUCACAAAAAAUUCAAGGUCUUUAUGUGGGAAAAAUAGUCUUGGGCAAUGCCGACAGUUCAAUAGGCCAAGUGGGAGAUUUACUACCCUAUGAGGGAUGCAUUCAAGAUGUGCGCAUUGGAGCUUCUCAGGCGGUAUUAUCACGACCGACCAUACGCGAAAAUGUUGAGGAUGGUUGCGUUUCGCGUGCAGAAUGUCCAGAAUCGUGUGCACCACAUUCAACUUGUGCCACUGAAUGGGAUCAGGCUCGCUGUGAAUGCUUACCUGGCUAUGUAGGAGUGGAUUGUUUACCUAUUUGUGCAAUAAGACCCUGCGCCGCUGGCGUAUGCAGAGCAAAUAUUAGUGAGUCGCGUGGUUAUCGUUGCGAGUGUAAUAGCACUUACCAACAUGGCGAAUAUUGCGAAAAAACUGUACAACAACCUUGUCCAGGAGGAUGGUGGGGCGAAAAGGUUUGCGGUCCUUGUAAAUGCAACACAAAGCAGGGAUACCAUCCUGAUUGCCACAAGACUACAGGCCAGUGUCAUUGCAAAACCAAUCAUUACCAACCUCCAAAUGAAACAGCAUGUAUACCAUGUGACUGCUAUUCUGUAGGAUCUUUUAAUAGUGCCUGUAAUCCUUUAACCGGACAAUGUGAGUGUAGAGAAGGUGUAAUAGGACGCCGUUGUGAUGCCUGUUCAAAUCCUUAUGCUGAAGUCACUUUGAACGGUUGUGAGGUGGUCUAUGAUGCUUGUCCGCGUUCAUUUGCUGCGGGAAUAUGGUGGCCAAGGACUCCUUUAGGUAGCACUACAGUCGAAAAUUGUCCUAUCCCCGCACGAGGUAAGGGACAGAGAGCUUGCGAUAGCUUAUCGGGUGGAUGGAGUAGCCCUGACAUGUUCAAUUGUACAUCGGAUCCCUUUGUAGAAUUACGUAAGCAAUUGUCACAAAUGGAGAAAUUUGAAUUAGAAUUGAACUCUUUCGUGGCCAUUAAAAUGGCCGAAGAUCUACAAAGAGCCUGCGCGGCAGUAGAUCGCAACAGUAUUAGCAAAAAACCUAUAGUUAAGGGUGGCAGACGUUACAAAAUGGAAUCAUCAUUUCUACUAAAUGAAGGCAACAAUGUAUGGUCUCAUGAAUUAGAAAUGGAAUACCUUUCAGACGAGACGAAAUUUACUCACGAUCGUUUAUAUGGCGCUGAUCUCUUGGUUACUGAAGGUUUAUUGCAAGAAUUAAUUAAUUAUGAAUUGAUGCAGAAUGGCUUAAAUUUAACUCAUUCGCAAGAUAAAUACUUUAUUAAGAACCUAGUAGACGCUGCAAGCGUCAUUUUAGAUAGAAAAUACGCAGAGGAAUGGAAGAGAGCUUCUGAACUCAUUCAAAGAGGUCCCGACGAUUUAGUGGAUGCAUUCAACAAAUAUAUGGUAGUUUUGGCACGCUCACAACACGACACCUACACAAAUCCCUUUGAAAUUGUUCAACCAAAUGUGGCUCUUGGCUUAGACAUAGUCACCGCGGAAUCCCUGUUCGGUUACGAACCAGAACAAUUAAGUGAAUACCACAAAACCAAGUACUUAAAGCCAAACGCUUUUACAACGGAAAGUGUUGUCUUACCUGACACCAGCGGUUUCCUCCAGCAUAGUGCUAAACAAAAACCUGUUAUCACUUUUCCUAAGUAUAACAACUAUAUACAAGAUAAAAGCAAAUUCGAUAAGUUUACCAAAGUGUUGGUACCGUUGGAUAUGUUGGGUAUAACACCACCUGACAGCAAUGAAGUCACUCAAGGUUCUAGCGAUUACAGAGCCAUUGUUUCGUAUGCACAAUACAAAGACGUAGGACAGCUAUUGCCUGACAUGUUUGAUGAUACGAUCACACGUCGCUGGGGUGUAGAUAUUGAAGUGGCUUCACCCAUUUUAUCUUUGGCCAUUCUCGUGCCGUCUAAUGAGUUAGAAGAAAAACGUGUAGAAAUUCCGUAUCGUAAAAUCUCUUCGCAAAAAUCCGUGUCAUCUUCGGGAUCAACUGAACAGGAGUUCAUCGAAGUUUUCGAUGUACCAAAAAAAUCUGGUGAAGGUAGCAGUAAUGAAAAUAUUAUAGAAAAUAUACGCAUUACAGCCCAUGAAAUACCUUCUUCACGUGAACAAUCCAGCAAUGAAGCGAUGGAGGUCGAAAUGAACGGCGAAGAGCCUCGAGUUAAUGUGCGGUUCGACGAUAAUAUAGAGUUUCAUGGUAAUUCGGGUGAAGAAAUCGUGGAUUCACCAGAAAUUCAUAGCUCCAACUACGAAGAAUCAGAGGAACAACAGAAAGGAGAAAAUGAGGCCUUUUAUCGCAAUCGCCGAUUAGCGAAACGCCAAGUAGAAGUGAUAUAUCCUAGCGAGCAAAAUCAAAAACCCCAGCAUGUUACCUAUCGUUCUUUAGGAUCGCCUCAUCUCUCACAGCCUAUUAAGCUGGAAAUGUGGUUAGACAUCGAGCCAGCACGUUUCGGACCUCGCUCAAAUCCCCAAUGUGUGCGCUGGAAUUCAUUUACCAAUCAGUGGACACGAUUGGGCUGUCAAACCGAUAUACCUGAUUACGAUGAAUUGUUGCUAAUUAUUGGUCAGCCCAUAUUGGUUAAUUGCACAUGUACACAUAUCUCCAAUUAUGCAGUAAUUGUCGAUGUAAUCGAUCCGGAAGAUAUACCUGAACCAUCUUUGCUUGUACAAAUCACUUCUUAUUCUGCGUUUAUGGUAUCCUUGCCCAUGUUGACUGGGGUAUUGAUUGCUUUGGCAUUGUUGCGUGGCCAGCAAACCAACUCGAAUACGAUUCAUCAAAAUAUUGUGCUAUGUGUAUUCUGUGCCGAGUUACUAUUUUUUGUGAGCAUGCAAUCACGCCGUAAUUUGUUGGAAAACGAAUUCCCUUGCAAGCUGAUUGCUAUUUGUUUGCAUUACUUUUGGUUGGCCGCAUUCGCUUGGACAACGGUUGACUGUGUGCAUUUAUAUCGGAUGCUAACCGAGAUGCGUGAUAUUAAUCAUGGUCCAAUGGGUUUUUACUUUGCAAUGGGUUAUGGUGCGCCGGCUAUCGUGGUGGGUCUUUCAGUAGGCGUGCGGGCUCACGAAUACGGCAACAGUCUAUUCUGUUGGUUGUCUGUGUACGAGCCUGUGGUGUGGUGGCUUGUGGGGCCAAUUGCCGGCAUGUCGGUUGUUAAUUUGCUAAUACUUUUUGUUUCGGUGAAAGCAGCUUUCACCCUAAAGGACCAUGUAUUAGGUUUUGGUAAUUUACGCACGUUACUCUGGCUUUCUGUGGUAUCACUGCCAUUAAUGGGUGUAAUGUGGGUAUUGGCUGUGCUGGCAGCUUCUGAAAAUUCUCAACUGCUAAGUAUGUUACUAUCUGGCGUUGUCGUAUUGCACGCAAUUUUUUGCCUGGUGGGUUAUUGUAUCAUCAACAAAAGGGUGCGUGAAAAUCUGCAAAGAACACUUUUACGUUGCAUGGGUAGAAAAGUACCCCUGCUUGAUUCAUCGAUGGUUGUAAGCAAUAGUUCACAUAACGUUAACGGCAAUGCAAGACCAAACAAUUUUAUGACCACCAAUUAUGAUACGCAACGUCGCAACGUGGGCAUUAGCGUUUCGAGCACGACAUCAAGGAGCACGGCCAAAACCAGUUCAAGCCCUUACAGUGAUGGGCAACUAAGACAGACUUCUACGUCAACUUCAAACUAUAAUUCAGCUAGUGACGCUCCUAGUUUUUUGAGAGGUUUUGACUCUUCUACAACUAGCGGCAGAAGAGAAGAAAAACCCCGACGUCAUCGCAAAGAUUCUGAUUCAGGCUCCGAAACGGAUGGUAGAUCCUUGGAGUUGGCUUCAAGUCACUCAAGCGACGACGACGAGUCGCGAACUAAUCGCUCGUCGACUACUGGCACAGGCACCAGCACGCAUCGCAGUACGGCUGUUAGCAUAACACCGUCAUAUUUACCCAACAUCACGGAACAUGUACAAGCUACCACUCCACCGGAGUUAAAUGUAGUACAAAGUCCUCAAUUAUUUCCAAGUGUCAGUAAGCCAGUGUAUGCCCCACGUUGGUCUAGCCAAUUGCCGGAUUCCUAUUUGCAGCCGCCAUCCAAUAUAGGUCGAUGGUCGCAAGAAACUGGCUCAGAUAACGAACACGUACACCACGGAAACACUCACGGCCCAAAAGUGACCAUAUCUCCGAACCCGCUCCCUAAUCCAGAUCUCACCGAUACUUCUUAUCUACAGCAGCAUCACAACAAAAUUAAUAUGCCUCCCUCGAUAUUAGAAAAUUUACAAAACGUUCGCAACAAUGCUGAUAGUUAUGACGGUUUGGAACGUGAAAGCUUGUACGGGCGGCGAAAUGAAAACUACGGGCAGUAUGAAGUCUUACCGCCAAAUAUAAGUAAUUACAAACCGCCUAGUCACUAUGGGAGUGAACAUGAUUACUCGGGCAAUGGCAACAAUGGAAACGGUGGAGCGACCGGAAACGGUGGUUCUCAGAUUGUUAAUCAUAUGAGAAGUUUGCACAAUGACAAUGCUUAUCUCAGUGAUAGCAUUUAUGAUAAACAACGUCCAAUAGGAAGCUAUCUGUCUAAAGAGCGGAUUACUCCAGAUCUUUAUGGAUCAAGAGAAACUCAAUAUUGUUUAAAGAAACAACCGGCGGCCUAUGUAGGAGACUCGGUGCAUUCAGUACAUUCUCUGCUCAAGAAUGAUUAUCAGCAGCAACAGAGGCAUUUGCAGCAACAGCAACAGCAAAUUCAUCAAGAUUACCAUUCAGAUCGAAUGUCUGAAAAUUCUGAUAAAAAUGGCUAUCAUUUUCCCUACACAGCAGAAGAAGAUCAUUUAAAUUCUGCGCGAAAGCUAAGCUUAGGUCAUAGCCCUUCGCCGGCGCUACAUAGUUCUCACCAAAUAUUAAAUGGUCACACAGCGAACACUAUGUUAGUUAAUGACAUCAAUAAUCCCGGCGUGCUAAACAGACACACUCUAAAUUCUAGUUCCCGCCAUAGUUCAAGAGCAUCGUCACCACCAUCGACAAGUAUAGUUGCACCUAUGCAGCCAUUGGCACCACUCACUAGCAUUACCGACACAGAAUCAGAGGAGGAAUGAUGAUGAUGAAACCACUGUGUGACAGAAUCAAAAACCACAAUAAUGGUAACAGAAAUGCAACCAACAAUGGCAAAACAAAUAAUAAGCGAGUGCACGUUGGCCGCACUUUUAUAGAAAAUUAUUAAAUUAUAUAUAUGAAAUAAUAAUAAUAAUAAUAACAAUAAUAAUACAACAAUAAUAUAUACAUAUAUAUAUAUAUAUAUAGAAAUAAUUGUGAACGAGAAAAUGCAACAAUCGCGUCAGCAAUACUAACAACAAAAUGACUACGAUAUGUCAUACUAUACGUAUAAUACAUAUAUAGUUACGACUAUAAUAUGCGUAUAUCGAUAGCCGUUAAGAGAGAAAAAAGAAAACCAUAAAUGAAACAUGAACAAAAAAAAAAGAAGUCAAAAGG